CCUUUUCUGCUCUGCAAACUUUGAAAUGUUUCAUUUUCAAAAGAACACUAAAUAAAGCAAAAAAAAAAAAAGGAAAAACAUCCAAAGUUUCUACUAUGGCAGUGUCCAAAAACAAAGCACUUCCUUCAAAAAGAAUUAACCUUUUCCUUUUCAAUAGCCUUUUAUAUACAAGUUAACAUAAAAAAAAAAUGAAAAAGAAAAAUCCUCGUUUUGUCCACAAUCUCUGAUUGCUGUUUCCUUCCACUUUCUUACUUUUUUCCCUUUCCUUAUUUGAUUCCUCUUUCUUCUCAUUCAAGAUUCCUGCUUUCUCUCUCUAUAUUCUUUUGACUCACUUAUUUCAAGUUUUCUUUCUUUGGGUUCAUUCAAGUUCAUUUGCUCAUUUUUUUUUUUUACAAUGUUUGAAUCUUUGUCUGAAAAUUUGAGGUGAACGAAAGAAAAACAUGGGUGGUGUUAACAGGGUGGAAGUGAUAAACAGCAAAGGUUGUUCGAGAUUGUUUGUUUGGUUCCCAUCUUCAGUACCAUCAUUUAGAAGUUCCCAGUCGUUUGAACCAAUGUCCCCUGCUUCUACCUCUCUUGGCUCUGAACCGUUAACGGUUCGAUCCACCGGUCCUUUUUCUGGUCUGGUUAUUUGUGUUACUGGCUUAUCUAAAGAGGCAAGGACACAAGUUAUGGAAGCAACGGAGAGAUUAGGUGGUCAAUAUAGUCCUAGUUUACAUCCCCAAUGUACCCAUUUGGUGGUGCAGAGCGUCAGCGGACGAAAGUUUGAGCAUGCUUUAAGGCAUGGAUCAAGAAAUGAUCUAUUCGUUGUUACACUUGGAUGGUUUGUGGAUAGUGUCAAGAGGAAUGUAAGGUUAAAUGAAUCACUCUACAACGUGAAGGGUGUUGGAGAACAAGGCACACGUGUAGAUGAGUUGAAUCGGCUUGUAUCUACUGCUUCCGAAAGUUCAUGUCUUCCUUCUAGUUUUCAUGGAGCCAAGAAAAUUGACAUGAUAGAAAAACCAUAUCUACAAUUUUCUGAAAGAGACCCUAAUAAAACUAUGGACUCAACGCUAUCUGGUCACACCAUGUUCAUCGAUUCUGAUAUUUCAGAUGAACUACGAAAUAAGGUUCUUGAGGCAGCAUCUAAAGAAGGGGCCACGGUUGUUGAUCGAUGGUUUGUUGGUUGCAGUGCAAGUCAUGUAGUCUGUGAAGGGAAUUCUAUCCAUCGAUAUAUUGGCCACUCUAACAACAUUGUUACGCCUUUGUGGGUGCUUAAAACAGCUAAGUGUAGGUAUCUGCAGAGGCUUGUUCACAUGUCUGCUGAUUUGGCUAGGCAGAUUGGGACAGUGCUGGAAAAUUUUCAGAAUGGCAUUGUAGGAGAGGAAAAUAAUGUGGCUAACUUCUCUCAAGAUACUCAGAGCUUCAAAAGGAAUGCAGGUCAUGAAGAAAGGCAACAGACUGUACAUUUAGCUAAAACUGGGGUUAGAAAUUGUCGCAAUCGUCGUAUGCAGACUUGUCAAACCCCAAUCCAUCCAAUAAGCCCAAGCAGUCUUCUGGAUUCAAUAUGCUGGUCAAUAUCUGAACCCACUUCAACUGCUUCUAUUUUCACAGUCUCUUUAGGCGGUGAAGAUGUUAGUGAGCAUCAAUCUGUAUUCUUUGAUGCAAAUGGGGAUGGCAAGGAUUCUGCUGCCUCAUUUACUAACUUAACCCGGUCACUUACAGAAAGUGAGAAAAAUGAGUUGAUAUUCAAAAACCACUUUCUUACCAUACUAUUUCCAGUCGAUCGAUUUUCUGAGAUGGGGCCUUCUUUACGGACAUAUUUCAGCGAUAAUGGCUUUACAUGUUUGCAGGUUUUGGACUACAUCCAUGCCUUUUAUCAGGAGAACAUGUCAACUCAUGAAAUAGAGGCUGCUAUUCACACUGACUCAAGGCAUGCUGACCGGCUUCGAGCAGUGUACACUAGCAAAGAGACAGUAGAACGUGGAUAUGUGAGUUUCAAACGAAUUGAUUUCUUAGGAAGCCGUAAAAGCUUUGAAAUGUUGAAGCGUGUGAGUGGGGAGAAUAACAGCGAUGUAUAUGAGCUCCUGGUUAGAGCCUAAAAUGUUGGAUGGUUUUCAUCGUAUACCAGUACUGAAGAUGGAUUGAAUCUUCAGCCGCAGCAGCAACAUUUCGAGGAGAGUAACGAGAAGGCAUCUUCAUAUGGCAUUGCCUUCUUUAAUUAUACAAACAUUUUUGGCCUGUCGUGUGUAAUGAAGAGUGAAUGAGUGUGUAAUUGAGAGUGAAUGAGUGAAUUCAUCAAAUUUUGUAUUUUCCAUAUAUUUUAUAUGGUGAAUGAAUCAGGGUCGCAGAGUCUCGGUGAUUCCAGGAAAUUGCCUUGUUUAAAGCCUUUCCUUUUGGAAUAACAAUUGUAUAACAUGGACAAAUCAUCAUUACAGAAUGAUUAACCAUGGAUCAAUGUGUAAAUUGACUCUUG